AUGGCUGCUGCAAAACUCACCAUACCUUUAGACCUUCACUGUAAUAAUACACCGUAUCACCCCUUAGACACGAAGCACCAUCACCCACUUCACUUCACCUCUCUUCACAAACUUCCCAACAAAAGACAAUUCACCAUUUUUUGCAGUUCCUCCAAGAAAGUUCCACCAAAUACUGCAGAAUUGGAGUUUCAAGAGCACAAAAAUCCAUCUUUGUCUGAGCAACUUAAGCCCCUAUCCAGAAUCAUUAUUUCUGACCAACCAAACCAACCGCAUCAGCUCUUAUCCAAGCCUAAGUCCACUUGGGUCAACCCUGCCAAGCCUAAGCUUGCCGUGCUUUCGUUACAACGCCAUCAGCGCUCCUCUUAUUCAUAUAAUUCCCAAAUCAAAGACCUAAGGUUUUUUGCCAAGAAGGUUAAUGAGUGUGGCUCCUCUGAGGAAGCUUUCUUGGCUGUACUUGAAGAAAUCCCACACCCUCCCACUAGAGAAAAUGCACUUCUGGUGCUAAACAGCUUGAGGCCAUGGCAGAAGACUCUUCUUUUCUUCAAAUGGGUAAAGGCCCAGAAUUUGUUUCCCAUGGAAACAAUCUUUUAUAAUGUGACCAUGAAGUCUCUGAGGUUUGGGAGACAGUUUCAGCACAUUGAGAACCUUGCAUUUGAGAUGAUAGAAAAUGGAGUUGAGCUUGAUAAUAUUACUUAUUCGACUAUAAUUACGUGUGCAAAAAGGUCCAAUAUUUUCGACAAGGCAGUGGAGUGGUUUGAGAGGAUGUAUAAGACUGGAUUGAUGCCAGAUGAGGUCACAUACUCUGCUAUUCUUGAUGUGUAUGCUAAAUUGGGUAAAGUUGAGGAGGUGUUGAGUUUGUAUGAGAGAGGGAGAGCAAGCGGUUGGAAGCCAGACCCCAUUGCUUUCGCAGUUUUGGGAAAGAUGUUUGGUGAGGCAGGAGAUUAUGAUGGCAUUAGGUAUGUAUUGGAAGAGAUGAAGUCACUUGGGGUGCAACCCAAUUUGGUCGUAUACAACACAUUGUUGGAGGCAAUGGGUAAGGCCGGGAAGCCUGGCUUGGCUAGGAGCUUAUUCGAGGAGAUGGUGGAUUCAGGGAUUGUACCAGAUGAAAAGACGUUGACAGCAUUAAUCAAGAUUUAUGGCAAGGCUAGGUGGGGUAGAGAUGCAUUGCAGCUUUGGGAACGAAUGAGAUCAAACGGUUGGCCAAUGGAUUUCAUUUUGUAUAAUACAUUGUUGAGUAUGUGUGCUGAUCUUGGGUUACAGGAAGAGGCUGAGAAGCUGUUUGAGGAGAUGAAGGGAUCAGAGAAAUGUAGGCCUGAUUGUUGGAGUUACACAGCAAUGCUUAAUAUAUAUGGGAGUGGAGGAAAUGUUGAAAAGGCAAUGGCUUUGUUCAAGGAAAUGUCUAAGUUAGGUGUUGAUCUCAAUGUCAUGGGAUGUACUUGUUUGAUUCAAUGCUUGGGGAGAGCAAAGAAAAUUGAUGAUUUGGUUCGGGUGUUUGAGACCUCAGUAAAGGAAGGAGUAAAACCCGAUGAUAGGCUAUGUGGGUGCUUGCUCUCCAUUUUAUCAUAUUGUCAAGGUGAGGAGAUGAACAAGGUCCUGGUCUGUUUAGAGCAAGCUAAUCCAAAAUUGGUUGCCUUUGUGAAGCUGGUGGACGAAAAGAGCACCAACUUAGACACUGUGAAAGAAGAGUUCAGGAUCAUACUCACUAACACAGCGGUCGAGGCCAGGAGACCCUUCUGUAAUUGUUUGAUCGAUAUAUGCCGAAACAGAAAUCUCAACGAAAGAGCUCAUGAGCUCCUGUAUGUGGGUAUCAUCUAUGGAUUGUAUCCAGGUUUGCAUACCAAGACCGCACAGGAGUGGCGUCUCAAUGUCCGGUCACUAUCAGUCGGUGCGGCACACACUGCAUUUGAAGAAUGGAUGAGUAGUCUAGCAAAAAUAGUCCAACGCCAAGAGACAUUGCCGGCAGUGUUUUCUGCCAACACUGGAACUGGAACUCACAAGUUCUCUCAAGGUUUAGCCACUGCCUUUGCUUCCCAUGUGGAGAAAUUUGCUGCUCCUUUUAGAGAGAGUGAGGAAAAGGCUGGUUUUUUCAUUGCGACUCGAGAAGAUCUAAUAUCAUGGGUGCAAUCAAAAGGUGGUUCAAUUGUGACCAUAGCAUAA